CCUCCACCAUCGAGCUGACAGUGACGGCUUAGGCUCGAAAACAGAAGAAAGAAAGAAAGAGAGAGUUUUUUAUUUUAAUAAAUGUACAAUGCUUAGAAACGCUUCAAUUUCAUCGGUUCUCAAUGAAGAAAUAUCUCUAGAAGGACUCGAAGGCACAACAUUAGACACAUUAUGGAACCAUCUUGCGAUUCGUUUGAAAAUAAAACUACCUUUGCCGCAGAAAUUGCGCGAUUCAGUCUGGUCAUUAAUAGUACAGAGCCGGGAAAACAACUUCUACGUUUUACCGGAGCCUCGCAAACCGUUCGUUUACUUUGACCGAAUGCAGCAUAUUGAUCCAGCGACGGGCGUCUUGAAAGAACCUAAAGAAUACCCGGGUCAUAGAUUCAAAUACAAUCCCGUCGUUGAGGAGAAUGGUGUACGCGGGUCAUGCGAGUGCCACGCCACACGAACAGUGAUAUACAGGGAAGAGUUGAAGAGUAUGACUCUAUUUGAAGUAGAACAGAAAUGGCUAUAUCAAUUUGUAAUAGUUGCUUCCCAAAAAAUGCGAGAAUCGUUCAUAUUGGAGCCCAAUUUUUCCUUCGAGCUGACUAUUAUUCAAUUUUGCAUGUUAGAGUGGAUUGCGCGAUCACGUUACAAUGGUGAGACCUCUCAAGGAAAAUAUUCAUUAGUCGAGUUAACGAAAGAUUCCAGUAUACUUUAUUACAACCGAAAGUUUUUAACUGAUUGUAAACUGAUUAUUCGGCAACCAUUGUGUCAGCGAACUGGCGAAACUAGUAUACAAGGAAUGGUUUAUCAUUUGCCUCGAUACUACAGUGAGAUGAAACCUAAAACCUUGGUAAUCACCGAGAAGGUUGUUAACAUUCUAAAACAACGACCUGGAUAUAUCGCAGAUUAUGAUGAAAUAAAACAUAUAGUUUUGGGACACGCCGAGGCUCGUAAGUGGUUUCGAGGAAAUGAAUUUAUCAAAUUUGUGAGAACUGAUGAAACCGUACCAUAUCGAACAAUCUAUCCUGAUGCGGAGCCGCGCGAGUGGACAUUGAAAAAUAAGAAAGGAGAGGAGAAACAAGUACGCAUCAUGCGCUUGAUCGAUCCUAACGCGGAUGUGUACGAUCUCUGGUACAAAGAAGAAGUUGCGGACGAGGAUCAAAAGGAUGGGAUUUUAAAUUCUCAAAAAGCAUACAUCGAUAUGCCAGUACUGCAACAAGCAUACAAUGUGAUUGCCAAAACAGGUGAACUCGGUAUUUCACAAACUGCGUUAGCCACAGAAAUUGGAGUCGAUAAACUGAACGCCAGGGCGGUAGUGAAAAAUUUAAUGCGCUUAAAGGCUAUCGAAGGACACGCGAUGGACGAAGGGCGUCAGCGAACAACGAAAUAUUUUCUACCAGGCAUAUCGAAAGGAACAGUUACAUUCGAUCGAGAAGCAAUUCAACUUAUGAGCACUCAUCUAAAUGUGCUGGAACAACAGCAGCAGCAGCAACAACAACAACAACAGCAAGAACAACAACAAUUGGAAACAUCGUCUACUUCCGGUGUGAGUGCAAUGAACAGUAGCAAAGCAGAUAGUUCUUUCUCACAAACCGAGAUUCCGGAGGACGAAUCAGACGACAGAGAAAGCACGAAUAACAGUUUGUUCUGGACUUCGACUAGACCGGAGUUACUAGAUUCAAUCGACGUUGAAAUUACCAUAAGUAACGAGGUUACAUUCCUGAAAAAAUCACAAGGAGGUAUAGCGGCGAUGAUGAGUACCAAGCACAUAAGUGCAAAAGUGCUCAGGCGAUGUAACUAUAUGCUCGAGUUAGUUAAACAACACCAGGUCAUUGAGCCGCGUGUGAUUCAGAAGAAGAUAAAUCAAGACGAAAAAGCUGGAGGAUCAAAGGCAGAAGCUUGCCACAAAUCAGUGCUGCGUCUCUUGAGCCGAUUGGCAGUUGAUAAGUUUCUUAAAAUAGCUAAUGUGAAACUAACAAAAGAGGAUAAGGUUUUGAAUAUUGCGUAUGCAUGUGAUAUGGCUGUUGAAAAGGAUAAUCCAGCACUGCAGGCGAAGAUAGAAGCAGCUAAAUCAAGAUUGAUAAUGCAAACACCAACACCCCGGAUCGCACAGAAGCAGAUGCUAGAUAAUGAACCUCUAGCUACGGGAUGCAGUUAUGACGGUACACUAGCUAAGUGCUUAAGAAUGAAACUGUUCCAUGAAUUUUUGUAUUACGUGAUUUACAUUCAUACACCUGAGAGUGAAGAGAUUCCAGUGGAAUCUUUAAGUGGUCUAGGUUUUGAGGAUAUUGGUGAAGGGUACGGAAAAGUUUACAGUCGUGAUGAAUGGAAAAUUUUUAUUCCGCCUUUGAGCAUGCUUGAAAAUCUUGGACCCGGCUGGGCUUUACUGACAGAAAUCACAAUUCGAAUGCCACUUUCAAUUUUUUGCAAGAUUUGUACGUUCGGUUUCUAUACGAAGGAUCUUGACUAUUAUUUAGACCAUCCAAUACGGCGACACAUGUUGAUCAAGCAGCUCCCGAAGGUUAUUCGCCAGCAGUUAUUUAGACAGCGCAAAUAUAUUUUCAACAUUUUCGAACUGACCCAAAAGUUAUGCUAUGCCGGACUUUUGCAAUUUGGACCACAAAGAAUGAAAGAUCGGGAUCAAACGUAUAUUUAUUUGAAUCGAAACACUGCUCUGCUCGAUACGCGAAGCUCAGCAAUAGGGUACAACGAAAUUGAGGACAAGGAAUAUCCCAUCGUUGGGUUCACUUUUAACACAUCGGAAGAUUUAAGUAAUUAUUGGGAAACAUUAUACAAGAUCGCAAUGGAAACUCGUCUGAAUCGGAGAAGUGUUGCAAUUGGAAAAGAAAUAGUAGUUCAGCAAAUUUCACUCAAGCCAAAUAUGAUAGAGGCAUGCCAGCCACGUACUCCUGAGCAAGCAUUCGAAAUGGACACACAGAAGAUUCCACCAGGCGACAAUCUCGGAGCAGCGGGAAUGGAUACAGCCAUGUUUAUGCAUUUGAAGGCAAACUGGAGUAAAGUUAUGAACUACGUUCCUGCUGAUUCCACACAGGCUGCUAAAGUUAAGCGAUUAAAAACAAUGAAAAAAAUUGUUACAAUGAAUCGCGAAAAAAAUGCUGCCGCCAGGGCGGGAACAAAUCGCAAGUUGCUUAUAACUGGCCCGAAAGACAAGAAGUUAUGUUUAAAGGCCAAAAUUACUGUCAAGCCGUUUGCAUCGGCCUACCGCAAAUAUGGAGAUAAAAGAAAUGCAAUCAAAGUGCGUCGAAUUGAAGCUCCACGCACCUUUGGAAAGAAAAAGAGAAACAUUUACGAUGAAAUUGAUCGUAAAGCGCUGAAAUUAAUGAAAAAAUUACGCGUAGAUUGGAAUCACCAUGAAGAUGCAGUGUUACUAGCAUGUCGCAUCGCUGCAAAAUAUCUGCAUGAUGGAGUUGCAAUUUGCAAUUCGGUUAUCAACUCAGUUCUGUACCGAGACAUUCUACACUGGUCGGAUGAGAGAUCCACAAACAAAACAUCACGUGCCUGUCAACGAAGAAUUAACUAUAUGGUCAAGCAAAAGCACGGAAUUGCCACAACCAUAAAAAUGUGUGUGGAGGAAGCAAAACUAAAUCCGUCAAUUGAGCGCCGGUUUGGGGAGAAUUUCUUAGUUCACCUUAAGACAAUGUACACCUCUAAUGAAGAAUACAAUAUGGCACUUAAGGUACAUUUCGUGGAACUCGUGUAUUUACUAAGGACAACACUAACGAAAUUGAACAUUGAAAGUAUUCGCACUACUUCCGGUACAAACGAACGGUUAAUGAUUCCAAGUACACUUUCCGAGUUCCAGUUUCGUUUCAAUAUACUGCAAUCACACAAUAAAAGCGAAACACUUAAUUUUGCGACAAAUCCAACAGAGAUGGAGAAAAUCAUUAUGUACAAACUGGCAGUACUAAUACACAGCACUGUUACUAAUCUUAAAGAAAAAAACACAUUCAACCUUCAGUUAUUCAACAUUUACAAGAAUUACUCAGAAAAACAUUUGUCUCAGGCAAUCAAAAUGUUACGCGAUAUUAAAAUGAUAUCAUUAUCUCGCAAAAUCAAAUCCUAUCAAGGUGUGGACCCAAACGCUUUGCCAUGUUGGGAUAAUCCUUACCACGUAUCGGCCACUUAUUUAUAUCAAAUCUCCACGAAAAUACCAUUUGAAAUGUUUAAUUGUGUCUGUCAGCAUUAUCUCAAAUUAUUGGCUAAUAGUAACUAUGAAGAACCAAUAACUUUCAACGAUGGCGGAAAAGGGUUGAUGCUACUAAUAGCUGAACUAGUAACCAUGGAUAUGGUUGAAAUUGAGCUAGAAACACCGGCAGAUUACGUUCGAAUGGAUCCAGAAAUAAAUAGUACUGAUCCGGAACUUGUUUCUACCUCGCCAGGUGAACAGUAUAUAAGCUCUGCCGCAAAUUCCACUUCAGAAAUGAACAUUCCUAAACCAAACUCAGCACAAAACACCAAGUCGAUCAAUGUUCGCUUCGACGCGAAUUGCGACACAUUUUUCAAUUAUGUGAUGCAUCCGAUCGAAAUGCUUACGAAAAUUUCUACUGAAUAUUUACACUUUUACUGUUUGCUAAGUAAUUGUCAUGAACGGGCUCAUCAACGGAUAUUUCAGAUCGAUGAUACUCAUAAUAUCUGUUCGUUACCAGACUGUAUUUUGCAAGGAGCAGAACGCAAUUUGAUUCCAAAGUGUAUAGCGAUUGCACUAGCUCGGCGCGAUGUAAUCCAUCGGAUGAAAAUGUCCAAGGUAUCCAGAAUCGAACUUCGUCCGAAGCAAGUUAGCCACGAAGACAAUAUUAUUCACUGCUUUACCAAAAGUAUCCAGGAAUACAGUAAAACACAAGCCAAUUGGCAAGCACGUGAUUUAGGGCGGAUCACCAGUGGGCUGCAUAAUCCUGUAAACAUGGUUAACCUGACUGAUGAAAUUAUUCGGUUCGAGGACGUGCGUGACUUCAAUUGGUUAGAUCGCUACGAAAUUACGCAAAUAGAAGACGCUGGCUGUUCCGCGGACAUUGAUAAUGAUAACAAUGAUUCUGCAUUCGGGCGAGAUCAACAGUCUCGUGAAGAUCUGAGGGCCCACAAACUUCACAAUUUGUACUUGGUAAAUUAUUUAAAAAUAAAUCUGCGGUUAACCUACCCGAGUUGGAAUCAGCUACAGCACCGUGUUCAAUUUGGUGAUUUUGUCAUUCCAAGAUGUUUCCUGCCGCUAGGAUUUGACACACGUCACGAUGUUUUGAACAAAAUCACAAGCGAUGCUCUAUGGCCUGCACAGAAAGAUUUACAGCCUUUGCUAGAACAAGCUAGUCCCCUUAUACAUAGUAAUUCACGUCUCUCAGAAUUGGCAUCCUUCAUCGAAGCGAAAAAAAUAACCGGGGCGACAGUUCCAGAACUAACGGAACGCUUUAGUCAUCGUUCCGAAAUGAUCGAAGACUUGAAAACACUGCUGAAUUUUAAAUUUCUGCUUCGCACUGGUUACCGACAUGUCACUUAUGUUCACUGGCAGUAUGUGCAACCCUGGCUUGUACAGACCAGUUGUGUGAUUCAGCAAAGUACCAAGUCAAUUGUUAAACAAGAGCCACAAACCUCUAACCUAAAACGGCAAAUGGAUCGAAGCUCCAUCUCUGAUAACGAAGACGACGAAACGGACGAUGAACCGCCACGCAAAUCACGCCGGUUUGAAAUGGCUCGACAGAUCGAACUUGCUGAACAAAAGGCGAAAAAUAAACCAUUCAAAAGUCUGCUGCUGUCGAUGACUCCGUGGAUUAAGGUGAAUGGAGGUGUCAACCGGAGAUUACUGUACCGGUGGCUUACUACGCUACUACUGUACUGCAUGUCCCAUCCGGGUGUCUUAGUGAGCGCGAUCCACGCUCGUUUCAAUCUGAUGGCACCGGUUCAUAUAAACUAUCUGCUGGAGAUACUACAAGAAUAUACUUGUCUCAAAAUAUCUUCAAUAAAAAUAUGGCAACGAAAGACAUUAUUUUCUAUGUAUCGUCCUGUAGAAAUCCAAAACGCUAAUGAACUUGACCGCGAUGAUAUGUGUUUCGUUGAAACUACUGCCAAUGCGCUAGCUACCCUAACCACUUUAAUUGGAGACUACACCAAGGAUCAGGAAGAUUUUUUAUCACCAUACAAAUCUAGCGAAACUCAGGAGGAGUAUGCAGACUACUAAGUCCAAAUAAUUCAGUAGACUCACAUAAAACCCAGAGGUAACGUUUAUUCUGGAUGACAAUCCUCAUCGGGAAGAACCGUUAGUUUUUCGGUCCGUUUCGAAAUAACGGGCAAGUGUUCAGCUAUUUCAUUAGGACUAAUAAAUAGGGCGGGUGGAACAUGUUUUAGCUGGUCUACCUUAGCUUCGCGGUGAGUAUAUUCUCUCAAUAUAUAGUCGUUACCUUUCUCAUAAUGAAAGCGGGUAUCGUUGAUGCGAAUAAGUACAUGAUCAACACGAAGGAAGAAGCGUUGGAGGAUAUAGAAUCCUGAUGGCAUGACUCGCUGCGAAAAGAAACUUGUUAAAAAAAAUAGUUACUUUACACAAAACUUAA